AAUUUAGAGAAGAAAAUAAAUUUUAUAACCAUAAAAUGUUUCAACAUUAGACAGAUAAUCACGCAGCAAUAAACCCGCAUUGAUCAUCCUUCACGUCCCAUCGCACCGAUUCACCUCCAAAAUUGUGCUUACGUAACGCCCGCACGUUAAUUUUAAACUAUUCCCGUCCCAAACAUUACUCCGAUGCGAUGCGAUGUUCAGAACGUUUCUGAACGCUGUCGUGAAAAAAAGCCACCGCAUUCCUGCGAUAAGACAACACAACCUCUGUUUAUCAGCGUUCAGAAUGGGUGAGAAAAUCGACAAGGGUGAACUCAAGAAUCGGCUCACGCCUUUGCAGUAUCACGUUACACAGGAAAAAGGCACGGAAAGACCGUUUUCAGGUUGUUACAACAAGACUUAUGAUCCUGGUACAUAUGUUUGCGUUGUGUGUGAACAGGAACUGUUCAGUUCAGACACGAAGUACGACAGUGGCUGCGGCUGGCCCGCUUUCAACGACGUCUUGGACGCUGGAAAAGUGAAGCUGACACCCGACACAAGUGGAGUCGGAGCAAACCUAUUACUCCUGAUCUCCCAACCAGGACGCAUCAGAACGGAGGUGACUUGUUCGAAAUGCGGAGCGCAUUUGGGCCACGUAUUCGGGGACGGACCGCCGCCGACCAAGAAACGUUUCUGCAUCAAUUCCGCAUCGCUCAACUUUGUGCCGAAGAAUAAGGAGAACGGGGACGGGAAAUGAAGUCAUUAUUAAAUUCUAUUCAAAUUGUAUUUUUGUAUUGUAGUGAAUUUUUUUUGUUUGAUUGUUUACUAACGGCUUCGACUUGGAACAGAUGCACUGUAUAAACGUUUACCUCACUCACAUUGUGAUUUUGCAGAUUUUUAAGAUUAUUUUUAUAACGUAGUGUUUGUUAUACUAAAAUAUACGUUUUGACAAUCAUUCGUGGUGUUUUUUGCAGUUUCUCUUUGUUGAGUAACUGCCAACUAAUUUCCUGUUAUGGUAAAUAGCCCAGUGAUAAGUUAGGCGAUCAGUCAACAGUCAGUGAGUCAGUCAGUCAGUGUGUGGUUGUUUGUUAGGAAAAAAUAAAACAUCGGGUUUUAUCAAUAUAUAGUUUUAUUUAUUUUACCAUUAACAAUAAUAAUAUAUAACACAUAUUAUCCAAAACAUUUAUAUACAUUCAAUAUACAUAAAAAACAUAGAACGUAUAAUUCAAUUUGUAACGCGCAUCCAUCCAAAAGUAUAAAUAACAACUUACAUUUUUGCUUUCAUGGAAAACAUAUUGGUGAAAUUUAUUUCAUGGCCCAUAGAAUAUAUUUUCCUUAACUACUUGCAUUGUAAAAUAUAAAAUUAAUUUCACCAAACAAUUCCAAAGGCGGAAUAAAAUCAAUUUCGGUUUGAAACCAGUUAAAAUCCUAUAUAUAUAUAGUUCAAGUUUCCUUACGCAGAUCUGUUUCACGGUAUCUGGCAUUUUCUUAAAAAAAUAUACACCCUCAAGCGUGUGUGAGUCUUUCAAUUGAGAAAUCGUAUUGGAGUAAACAUAGUUGAGCAAAUAAUACUUAACAUUAAAAUAAUAAUAAUAAUAAUCAAAAAAUAAAGCGGCGGCGUCUUUAAGUAAAACUGUUGUUUACUUGAAAACGUCGCGCGGCACGAAGGAAAAGUAACAAGACACUUAAAACCUAUAAGUACGGACAUGAUUGAUUGAUGGCCUCCACCAAUGAAAUCAAACUGAAAAAAACAAAUGGAUUAGGAUUCGGCCAGUUCACAGUGUGAAACUACUACAAGUUUGUACCUGUGAACCGGAUCAACCAACUGGGUCAGUUACGACAUGCAAAUCGAACGAACGGUGCUGCUGCUACAGGAUGAUGGUUAGUUACUUGUACACAAUUAUCUCUUAAAUGCAAAAGAGGGAUGUGGGGG